AUGACAUCUGAUUCUGAAAUUAGCAAUGCCGCUGACCGAAGUGGAAUCGGUGAUGCCGAUUCUCUGGCAUCUACGGCAGCAAGUGAAGCGGAAGCGGAGUACUUCGUGAAUGACAUCCAUGCGGAACGGAGGUUCUACGUUGAGCCAGAUUCUGAGGAUGAUGAAGGUAACUUUGUCACUCAGUAUCUGGUCGAGUGGGCCGGGUACAGCAUGGACAGGUGCAGUUGGGAGCCGAAGGAAAUGUUUACUUCGGAAGAGACACUAGAUGGCUGGGAGGAGAAAAAAAAGCAGAUCGCGGAGGGCAGAGUGACUCCCUUCAAUCUCAAGUCAUGGGAAAAGCGUAUGGCAAUGUUGGAGAAGAAGACAAAGAAGCGAAAAGAAGCCCGAAGGCGGAAACGAGAGCAAAGGGCACGACAGAAAUGCCUCCCUCGAGCUGAAUCAUCUCGACUGGCCAAUCUUGAUAUCACAGAUGCCCGUGAGCCCGAAGCAGACAUUGCACCAAACAGAGCUCCCAGUCGCCUAUCCGUGGAUUCCAACGCUUCGGCCUUAUUCAUUCCAGCUGAAACCCUACCGCCAUCAGAAAAUGUGGUGCCUCGCCAAUCGCUGCAACAAAGAGCACCUCCGAGAUCAGUUACCUCCAGUGCGCAAACGAAUCGGAACGAGUCUAUAGGAUCAACAACCUUGAUUGCACAAACAAAAACAACCCCAAACAAGCUUCCAAACUCACGACUUUCCCAGCUCGCGAAGAAACCUACCGCUAAGCAAAAACCCUCGGCACGCCAGUUAAGCCCUCCACCAGCAGCAAAGCCAACAUUGUCUUCUUUUGGUACGGGCCCGGGGGCCCAGCGCGCAUACCGUGAUCACAAAUUGAAUGAACGAGCACCGGAUUUGUCACAGAUGGAGCUGAGGAAACCGUCUGAAUUCGCACCAAGGAUGAACAUCGGCAUCACCACCUCAAUCGUGGGCUCAUCUGUAACAAGUCCCAAGUCCCCGGAAGCCCAAAAUCAACCCGCUUCUGAGAAUUCAAUGAGCUUCACCGGUCCACCAAAACAACAUACUGGUCCAAUAAACGAUGAAGCUGCAAAUCAGCCGGAGAAAUCUGUUGCUCUCGCACCCUCAUCAGUCAUGGCUCCUUCAGUGCCUCGCUCUUCGAACUUAGGCUCCACUGUGUUAGUUUCCUCGUCGGCUGUGUUGUCUGACCCCAGUGCACCGUCGAAUCCAGAGGAACCCGUUGGCCAUGUAAAUUCUACUACUUUUAUUAUCUCACCAGCUACACAAUUAAAGCCCAUUUCACAGGCCAACCUCACUCGGCUUGCCGAUUCUGUAGAUACUAUUGUCUCUACUUUCUCGCCGCCAGGUGAGGCUCCUUUGACGAAUCCUGUUGGGCUGUCAACAUCUGCCCUCACUGCACCCUCGGCAGCUCCUUAUCCCCGCCCCCCAUCACAUGCCAAUAUUGACAGACCUACCAGUCUCUCGGCCUCUACUAUUUCGGGUUUUACUUCGCUCGUUCUUCCAGGAGCCCGUGCGGAGGCUACUUCAAUUCAACCUGCUAGACUCCCCGGUUAUAGCCUUACUACCCAGUCACCAGCCAUUCCAACUAGGCCCCGUGCAAUGGCCAAUUUCGAGAGGCGUACUGAGAAUCGAGACUCUCAGGACAGCCGCGGGACAGUCCGAGGCUGGGACAGCUAUAAACCAGACUCAACCAGACAGUCUAACAACACAAUGGUAGCCGAUACCUACCGACCGUCAGAGCUAUCUCGUCGAUCAUCACCAACCCGACGGUCAUCACCAAACCGACGGUCACCACCAUAUCGGCGGUCACCCUCUCGUCGGCCACGGUCACCCCCCUCUCGAAGGUCACCGCCCCCCGGUCGACUAUCAAGGUCUUCUUUGCGUGAUAUGGGUGAUUAUUAUGCGCCUCGUAGCCCAUCCCCAACCUAUUCUCGGAUUGCGUCACGAUCUUCAGACUCAAUCGGGUUGAAUGGGAACCCAAUAGCCAAUGCUCAGUCAUUUGCUCCCACCGAACCUAGAGCCGGAGCAUCUGCUCCACCUAGUCUUUCCAUCGCGGCCCAAAUUGCCAGAAUGCCGGUGCGUGAUAGCUGGGCGCCCGGUUGCAUCAGGAUUAGUAGAUACUUUUGCAAUAAAGCCCUGGGAGAGAUUCUCGUCCAUAUGUUUAUCGGACCUGGCAAGAGACCCCUCGGUGCUUUCAGAUUAUGCGGCAUCCGUUCGGAUGUCCAAUCAUCUCUGAUCCUCGCUAAGAACCCGAGAACAGGCCAAGUUGAGGUUUGGUUUAAGCACCUGUGCACAGUCAGAGAGUACGAGAAAUUGUGCCAAUCUAGUGAGACAAAUUCUGUGCUGAGUACCGGCUGGGUCGAGGGCUUCAGCGACACCAACGAAAACCUGUUUCAUCUGGCAGAGGAUCUCCGAAAGGACGACCUCAUCGCCAUUCACUAUCCUAUGGGGUCAAUAAACCUUGCCUGGGUUGCUUGGUCACGUGGGUCACAGGAAUUCAGAUUUCCACGUCCCAAGAAUGAAGUGCCACCCGGCAUUCCACUACUCAUUGCUGCUCGUACUAUGCUCGCACCGAUCGAAGUUCUAAGCUCUAGUGGACAACCACAUGGCUUUUUGCCAGAUAAAUCGCUUUCACUGCGAGUCGAGCCUCCUAGUGCAGAUGAUGGGCUAGAGGCUGACGGCCCUUUAAGACGGUCGAACUUCCAGCAUGAUAUGGGGAUUGGUGGAUCCUUGCAAUCGCGAGAGGCGCCAACCCCAGUGCGAGCCCAAAUCUUCCCACCCGCAAGUGAACUCAAGAAUAAUUCAAAUUCCGCUAACGCCCACCCACAAGAGAACAUCGCGGUCCAAGCAGCUCAAUUGGGCCGAGCGGCUGAAGAGAUCAUGAGAGCCCGCAAAAUCGAGGUGGAAGAGCUUGCGACAAUUGAGGAAGGCGGGAAAUCAUCGAAGGCGGGUAUUUUCUAUUUGCACUUUCCCAAAGACAACGACGAAAUAAAACAGGAACUGCAGUUUCUGCAGCUACUCUUGAGUCACCAUGAGAAGAUUGUUUUCACAGGCGAUAGCCCCAAAGAUUGGGCAAAAUUUGUGCAGAACAGCAGACAGGGCGUGGCCAUAUUUCACGAAUCAUUCGCUGGAUAUGAUACCUUACGUCCUCCACUCAAUUCUGUGCUUCCUUUCAGUUCGUUCAAUUUCUGGAUUGUUCGCAUUCAAAGACCACUCGAACUAGUUGAUCCCCGUUAUUGUUCACCCAGUGACCACCAUCUACGCGUCUUUCCAUAUGGUGGCGUCAUACUUCUCACCGAAGACAUGUUGGCAGACCUCAGAGGAGUGGCAGUCACUCUCCAAUGGAUUCGGAGCGCAAACAAACACAAACGCAAAUCGUGGACGUUGAUGUUUCCCCCCGGGAUACUUGAAUGGAUUGAAAGGAGACUAGGUGAUGAAAAUUACUCGCAAGAUCAUGAAAUCCUACUGCUCAUCUACACGUUAAUCAUCAAGAACAACGUCACGGACCCUCGCGUGGACUUGUUCGACAAGGCUAGUCUACACCCCAACUCAAAAAGCAACGUCAUCGCACCCUCUCUUGAUGAAUACGGUACUCGCACAGAGCACCAUGCCCUCGAAAUCAAGGACAAAGUUGAACGCGACGCAGAUCAUCUGAUCGAAUUCUUCGCAGGGUGGUCAUUGAUUAACAUACCACGUUUCCGGAAUUUCGUCGCUGUCACGUCUCUCGGUCCUUCCACUGGGCCACGGUGGGACGAAUGGGGCCAUAUGACUGUCAUGCGAACUGGUUUCGGCCAUUUCUUCAAGCGGUUCAGAAUAGACUCGGUGGGCCUCAUGGCCUACCUGUCGGGUGUUUCCAAGGCACGCCCUUCUGGUACUAGCCAAGUAGCUACCCCGUUGGCCGUGGCCACACCCCAGACGCCUAAUUGGACAUCUCACAACUCCAACGCCGCUAUUCAGUCUACCUUCACGGGCAGUCCCAACGGUAAUGGCACGAACAAGUACCCUGCUCCAUACAAGUGA